AUGGAUGUUGUAAAGACAAAUAUUAAUGCAUUCUUUGCAAAAAAAGAACCGUGGCAAAUCGCAAGUAUUACUGCAUCGACGACCUUGUUAGCCGUAUGGCUUUAUCAGUUCAUAACCAAAGAAGAGAGCGUUACGGAGCGUUUAAAGAAGAAAUUCUUCAAAUUAGUGCGACAUGUUCCAUCAAUUCGCAAGAGAAUCGAGACUGAGUGUGAAAAUAUACAAAAACAAUUUGAAGACGAUACGCUGAAGUUUGGUGAAGAAUUGGGAUAUGUUGUGAAGCUGCCGGAAGAUGGUUGGCACAGAAAAGACAUUUUGAAGAAAAUUGAUGACUAUCUCGAGUUGGGACAUUAUAAAUGGGACGAAGGUUUUGUCUCUGGUGCUGUCUAUAAUUUUGAUGCCAAAAUUCUUGAAUUGGUAACAAAAGUUUAUGGAAAGACUGCAUACACUAAUCCUUUACAUCCAGAUGUUUUUCCUGGUGUCUGUAAAAUGGAAGCUGAGGUUGUGAGAAUGGUCGUGAAUUUAUUCAAUGGCAAUUCAAGUUGUUGUGGACAAGUCACAACCGGUGGCACUGAAUCAAUUGUCUUAGCUUGUAAAGCAUACAGAGAUUAUGGACGUGAAGUUAACGGAAUUGAAAGACCAAAUAUGGUUAUACCAACAACAGCACAUUCUGCUUUCGAUAAAGCUGCUCAAUUCUUUGGAAUUACCGUAAAGACUGUAAAAGUGGACCCAAAAACUUUUCAAGUGGACCUUAAAGCAAUGGAAAGAGCUAUCAAUAAAAAUACUAUUAUGCUUGUUGGCUCGGCACCAAACUAUCCUUAUGGAGUCAUGGACGACAUUGAAAAGAUAGCAAAACUGGCACGAAAAUACAAAAUUCCAUUACACGUUGAUGCAUGCUUGGGUGGAUUUCUAAUUAUAUUCAUGAAACGAGCCGGCUAUCCCUUACCGAAAUUUGAUUUUUCAAUCAAAGGAGUCACAAGUAUUUCAUGCGAUCCACACAAAUAUGGAUUCACUCCGAAAGGAAGUUCUCUCAUUCUGUAUUCUGAUAAGGCCUACCGUCAACAUCAAUAUACAGUCACUGUUAAUUGGCCUGGUGGAAUUUAUGGAAGUCCAACAGUAUCCGGUAGUCGUGCAGGAGCAAACAUUGCAACAACAUGGGCAUGUCUUCUUUAUCAUGGUUUUGAUGGUUAUGUUGAAAGCACAAAAGCUAUUAUUGAUACAGCAAAAUACAUUGAAAGCAAGAUUCGACCCAUUAAAGGCCUUUUUAUCUUUGGAACACCAGCAACAUCAGUCAUUGCCAUGGGAUCCAAAGACUUUGACAUCUUCCGAUUAUCAGAUGUUCUCAAUCAAAAGGGCUGGAAUCUUAAUGCUCUCCAAUUUCCUAGUGGAAUUCACAUUUGUGUAACUAAUCUGCACACCAAAGAUGGAAUUGCAGAUCGAUUUGUCAAGGAUGUCGAAACCGUUGUGAAGGAACUUAUGAAAAAUCCAGAAAAGCCUGUUGAAGGCAAAAUGGCAAUUUAUGGAGUAUCACAGACAAUUCCUGAUCGUUCAAUUGUUGGAGACUUCACGCGUCUCUUUUUAGAUUCACUGCUUUUUACACCAAAGAAACCCAAGAAACUGUCGCGAGGUGACAACAGAAUUGAGAAAAUAUCAAGCAUCGAGAAUCAAGUCGAGUCAAAUGAUGUCACAUUGAUGAACGAAUAG